AUGUACACCGCACAGGUUCCAAGGAAUAACCUAGACGUCCACCUCGAGUGGAUGCGUGGACUCGGAACGAAACGACGCGAAUAUUUUCCUACGGCUAAUGAGGCAAGACCUAUCGCGCCCAGUAAAAGCACUAGCGAUAAAUGGCAGAGUAUAAAGUCACGUGAUCAAGAUUCUUUUAAUGCAGUACAGCCAUCGAAUUCAUUGUCAACGGUCACUAAUCUGGAUAGUAGCCUAGAUAACGAAACGAAUAUGUGCUUGGAUGAUGAUUUGUUUUGCAACGGGAAGGAACCGAAAAGAGACAUGGAGCGAUUUAGAUCUCGUGAUUCGGGUGUAUCCUUAAGCUGUGACAUUACACCAAAUUCAACUAUUCACAAAAGAUUUAACAAUAAUUCGGCAACAGAGCCAACUGUGGGUUCUUGUAUAGAUACGGCUAUAGAUUUGGAUGAUAAUAGUAACCUAAUGUGUCAAGAUGAUUUACUUUGUGACUAUGAACUAUUUAGCGAAGAGGAAUUGAGGAUGCUAUUGGAUGAAGAAAAUUCGAAGAGAGAGGCAGAACUUCAACGAAAUAAUUUAUGUUCACAGAAUGCAAGGCAAGUUCCCCAAAUUGAAAAACUUCCGACAUUAGAUUUAGGUUCAGACUUCACGAAAUUGGAGAACAUCAACCUUUUGGUUGAUUUUUGGCAAGAGAAUAAUCAAGAUCUUGAAAAAAUGUCAUAUGGUGAGUUGAACGAAUGUCUAAAGUUGACUAGAUUAAUCCAAUAUAAAACCGCAGACGAGAUAACGGAGUUGUGGUGUAACGGUAAAGGUGAUGAUCACCGGUUGAAAUUGUUAACUGAAAAGCGGGACAGUUGCAAAGCUCGGAUUGAAAUAAUCGAGUCCAAACUAAAAGCCUUCGGUAGCACAAACUUUAUGGAACGAGGUUCAAAUGGAGAUUGCUUUACUGCAGCACACUCAUCUACUUAUGAAACUUCAUUCGAAACACGGUCAUCGUAUUUCAACAAUUUUCAAGUGAGCAAUACUUGUCGUGCGGACACAUCCUCCAGUUUCAAUUGCUCAAGUAACACAAUGCCUGAACCCGCUGCAUCAGUACCGACACCAGAAAUAAUGGAUCAUGUGGACCCCGAUAUUUUUAAUGUUUUGCGUCGCGAUUUUAAAUUAGAAAACUUUCGAUAUAAACAAUUAGAGGCCAUCACUGCAACACUAAAUGGUGAAGAUGUUUUUAUGCUGAUGCCAACUGGAGGAGGUAAAAGUUUGUGUUAUCAAUUGCCGGCGGUGUUGGAUAACAUGAGGCACAAUAAAGUCUCCAUCAUAAUAUCACCUCUAUUGUCACUUAUACAAGAUCAAAUUUUACGUCUAAGUCAACUCGGAAUUAAUGCCCUGGAAUUGCAAGGAGAUCAAGACAUAGGUCGUCGAACUAUGGUUUUUAGUGAACUUGAGAGACCCAAGCCUAGAACUGCACUACUUUACUUGACACCUGAAAUGUUUAAAAGAAGUACUCGGGUUAUUGAUAUAAUUGGAUCACUCUAUAGUCGAAAAUGCUUGGGACGCUUUGUGAUAGAUGAGGCACAUUGUGUUAGUCAGUGGG